UCAUUGACAAGGACAGAAAGAAAAACACAGUGAGCAAGAGUUUCACCGGUGAGUGAAGGCAUGACUGGUGCAAACCACCGGCGUUAUUAAGAAGCACGAAGUAGACUCUUAAUCUGCGGGUAUGUUGGACCUGAGUGUGGGGUGGAACCUGUCGUUCGCCGGUUGCGGGUUUUUAGGGAUUUAUCAGCUCGGUGUUUCCAGCUGCCUCCUGGAGCGCGCGCCUUACCUCGUCCACCGAGCCAACAAGAUCUACGGAGCUUCAGCUGGAGCUCUCAAUGCAGCUGUGCUCACCAGCGGAACAUGCCUAGAAAAAUGUUGCAUAAUAGUGAUCGAGGUUGCUAAGGAGGCCCGGAAGCGCAACCUUGGCCCUCUGCAUCCCACCUUCAACCUACUCAAAGUGCUGCGCUCGUGCCUGCAGCGAGACCUGCCUGAAGAUGCACACACACUCGUCAGCGGCAGGCUGUGUGUGUCUCUCACACGCGUCAGUGACGGGAAGAACGUGCUGGUCUCGGACUUCAGCUCCAAAGAUGAGCUCAUUCAGGCACUUAUCUGUAGCUGUUUCAUCCCUGUUUAUUGUGGUCUGUUCCCUCCCACCUUCCGUGGAGUCAGGUAUGUUGAUGGUGCGAUGAGUGAUAAUCUCCCCCAGUCGGAGCUGAAGAACACCAUCUCCAUCUCACCAUUCUCUGGAGAAAGUGACAUUUGCCCCAAGGACAAUUCGAGCAGCUUGCAUGAACUGCGUUUCACCAACACUAGCAUUCAGGUCACUUGGGGAAACAUGAGCAGGCUCAGCAAAGUUCUUUUCCCUCCUGAGCCUAAGGUAAUGGCGGAGCUAUGUCAGCAUGGGUAUAAAGAUGCUCUGCGAUUCCUCAAGGACAACAAUCUGUUGCAAGCUGAAUGUCCGAAAGUAGAUCUAGCCUUGACGCGGGACACGCCCACCUGCUGCUGUGUCACUGAGUCGACACGAGAGUGGAUGCUGCGAAGAUUCCGCCUCCUGGGGGAGCACCACUGGUGGUUGGAGGAGCAGCGUGUCAAUUACCUGCCCACACCCAUUAAGAAAGUGUUCUGUGAGGCGUGUAAAGAGAAGCAUGGCCUAAUGGCUCAGAUCACUGGUCUGUUGCCGGUACGUGUGGCUUCCUACAUGCUGAUGCCCUACACGCUGCCAGUAGAGUCGGCUUACUCAGCAGUCCAGAGGUUUGUGGAAUGGAUUCCAGAGGUGCCUGAUGACACACGCUGGCUUUUUGAGAUGGCAGGAAGUGUUUAUAAACAGGCCUGGAAAGGAGAAUCCUCAAAAGGUGGCUUUCCAUUGCGGCGGUGUGUAAGUGGACCACUCUCAGUGGACGUGCAGCCACAUGACAUGGAGCACAAUAGACACGCCACUUUUUCUGUUGCUGAUUUGCGUGAUUACAGCUGGGAUUACUCAGAAAGCCCUGAGGACCCCGACAGUCCGUGCACGUCUCCUGAAUAGAUCAGCAUGUUUGUUGGCUCACAGGACAAUUCCGAGAGCUGAAUACAGCAAGACAUGGACACAAAUGGAAGUCUAAAAAUAUUGGUGUUUCACAUGAGUUUUGCCUUAAUUCCACUUUUUCUAUUCACCAUCUCUAACCAAUAACAACAAAAUUUCCCAACUGCUCUUUAAACUAGAGUUCAUCAAAAAGUCCUGUAAAAUAAUUAACAAAUGUUAACAGAAUGGUAGCAUUUGUGGGAAAAAAAAGUCACAUGAUGUAAUGGUGAAGGUAGUUUUUUGUUUUUGUUUUAAAUAAUGAUGGCUGUGACAUUUGUACAUGCACCUCAAAAGAGAAAACAAACAACCAAUUUUACCAACAGAAAUAAAAUAAUGGGUAAAAUUUGUUGUCCAAAUAAAUAAUUGGUUUCUGUGAAAUCUAAUUAUAAUAAUGUGAAUAAAUAUAAUAUACAGUCAACCCCAGAA